UCUUGACAGAGGAAGUGGAUCGAAAGUAUGCCAAUCGUAUCGUCAUGAAUGUCGGGCUAGGUGUAUGUCUGUAUGAUUUCGUUGACAUCGGUGACGCUUACCUUUACCCCUCGGAUGGUGCGGCUCACCACAGGGUCACGUUCCGUUUGAUGGUGUUCAGACCUUUCAUAGGAGAGGUUCUGGUAGGAAGAGUCAAACAAUGUAGCGAAAAUGGCAUCAAAAUAAGUUUGGGAUUUUUCGAUGACAUUUUUGUGCCAUCUUAUCUUUUGCAAACACCCUCCGAGUUCGACCCCAGAGAGAACGUGUGGGUCUGGUCCUACAGCAGUGACGAACCUGGAGAGCCCGCUGUGCGCUACCCCAUGGAAGUGGAUGAAUUCAUCCGCUUUCGCGUCCGGUCUGUGAACUUCACACAUACCAAAUACAGCGGCAGUGGUGGGAGUGGGGCGGUCGGGGGCCUCGGCAAUGUGGCGACAGGGCCCGUAGGAACGGUAGGCAAUCCUGUGAAUCCGAAGGUAGAGGUAGAGGGAGGGGGGUUAGGGCAAGUUCGACGUCCGCGCAGCGACACGUUGACGGGAGACGAAAGUGUCGGGGGCCCUUUGCCACCUAUGCAGUUGCUGGGUACAACGAACGAGGAUGGUCUGGGCAUGCUGGCGUGGUGGGGAUAGGGGGCUUGGAAAGCGCAGAGGAGAGCAAAGAACCGAAAGCUUGUGAAAAUUAAUCACAUUGGCACCA